GUCACUCCACUGAGCUGUCGAAAGGUCGAAACUUGAGCAGAUGUGAUGUUAACAAGCUCACGUGACUACAUGACAAUGAACAGAUUUUAUAGGAACCUCCCUCCUCAAGUUUCUGUAUGGUUACUCUUUAAACUGUUUCACCGAAAUCGCAGUGAUUAAUUCCGACUACGGCUGUUCUGUGAAUUUACAGUCCCAUCAUGCGAACACCUGGGAUUUUUAUUUUCGGGCUGGUGCUCGCGCCUUGCGGGUUGAUUUUGGAUCUGGUCAGCACCGUGGCCCCGAGCUGGCGCACCAUCAAUAAUAUCCCUGGAGAGUCCUCUGAUCUGGUUCUCCAACAGGGACUAUGGGACAUCUGCCGGACUUUUACAUCAUCCCGGGACAUUCAGUGCAACCAACAGAACACACAAUACUUCAACACUCAGAUCGUCCAGAUUGCGCGCGGUCUGAUGUUGGCAUCACUCAUUCUCAAUGCCAUUGCUAUCGGCGUGGCAUCAGUUGGAGUGAGAUGUUGGACGAAUAGCGCACCGCGCUGGAUAGUCGCUGGCAUCGGGGGUCUUCUCAUUUUCAUCUCGGGGGUCCUCACCAUCAUCCCGGUGGCGUGGUACACUCACAUCAUGAGCUCCAUCACCUCUUCAUCCACCGAUAUUCGUGUAGGAUACUGCCUAGUGCUGGGCUUCAUAGGUGGGAUCCUGGAGGUGCUCGGAGGUUUGGUGAUGUCCAUCGGGUUAUGCUGGAGUUGUGGUGAACGGAACCGAAAGGAAAGACCGUGGACAGACGUUGUGAGGUCCACGCGUGAUCCACCUCCUCCUCAAAGCAUGACAGUACCGAGUAUAAGCAGUAUCAGCAGCGCGAGCAGUGCUCCAUAUUACUCCAAAGACACUGAUAUGGACUUCCAAAAAGCGAAGAGGCAACAGGACCGAUUUGUGAACUCUCCACACAGAGCAAGACCAUACGAUUCAGAUUUGUAAAAAAAGACUGUACACACUUUUAACCUAGCGAACUAGCGGAAUUUACACCACAGAAGAAAGAACGCUUACAAAUUAGUACCAUGGUUACCAGUUUCUGUGGAAAAAUGCCAGAGUUAGGGGCCGUUCACACCGUAGGCCUAAGCGACUUUGCGCUUACACAUGAAAGACGCAGCGCCACGAACAGAAAAUAACGGAGGUGUCUCGAGACGCGUUUAAGUUUUUUUUAAGGGACCGUUCACACCGAACGCGUCCUUAUGGUGAAAAACAUUGGCGCGACCAACAGAACGCAGAUGAGUUUUUAAAAUUUGACGUGUUUUAACUUGACACGGUGUCUAAAAACGCAACGCUCCUGAAAAAAAAAUUAAUAAAAUAAAAAAAUAAAAUAAAAUCCCGUCAUACUACGAAAAACAACUGAAAAACAGGGCGGACGGUCGCUAGAACACAUUCAUUGUGAACGCCCCCUUAGACUACUACAGUUGUUUAUCAAUCAAAUGAAUAUGAGAUCUCAUUUAAACUAUAGCCUACAAUUUUUCAGAAUAUUUAUUUUAUUUAAUUCCCUUUUUUAUGACAAUAGUGGGUAAGGUUACCACAGUAAAAAUGUUAACUGUAGGCCUAAUAAAAAAUAAAAAAAAUAAAUAAAAAAAAAUAAGUUACAGUAGCCUGGUAGUUUACAAUAUAACAAAGACCUUUCAAAGUCAAGAUUUUUCAUUUUUCACUUUAAAUGUGACAAAUUAGUUAUUAAAAAUUAAAAUACUCCAAUUCUUAAUUAAUAUGCAUUUAUACAAACCGCUUGUAAGAUAAUCAUACAAGAAUCGAAAAAAAAAUGCUGUUUAAAAUAGUUUCAGAUGAAUUAUAUCAUAUCACACGGUAGGACAUUAUGUCACUUCUUGACUUGUUAUGUCAACCUACUUAGCUAUGGUAUUUUGGCAGAAACCAUGGUGACCAUGGUAAAUAUUUGUAAGGGAACUUAAGUUCAUUUUGAGGUCAUCUUGGAAAGCACUAAUACCUUUAUUAUUGUUAUACUGUGCACUUUAUAUUGUAACAGCAGUUUAUAGCCUCUUAUCUCAUAAUUGUGGUGUCAUUACUUUGUUACUAAGUCUAGUUAUUUCACUGUUUGUAGCUAUGUAAAUAAUCAGGAACCUUUCCAGUUUGUGCAGUUAUACUUGAUACAAUUACUUUGGACAAGCACAGCACACUUGAAUGUAUGUAAUAUAAUGUCUCAUCUGGUGUUCACAAGACAAACUGACAUAUUUUUUUUUGUGUGUGUGUGUGUGUGUGUGUGUCUAUAUAUAUAUAUAUAUAUAUAUAAAGCAACUGCCAAUUUUUAUAAGCACUGCCAAGAUGCCACUGUUGGGCCCUUGAGCAAGGCCCUUGACCCUAUCUGCUCCAGGGGUGCUGUAUCAUGGCUGACCCUGCUCUCUGACCCCAGCCUAGCUGGGAUAUGUGAAAAAAAAGAAUUUCACUGUAUAUGUGCAAAAUGUAUAAUGUGUGAUAAAUAAAGAAAAUUAUUAAUGUGACAAAUGUCCUAAUUUAAAGAAAUGUUCCGGGUUCAAUACAAGUUAAGCUCAGUCAAUGGUAAUUGUGGAAUAAUUGUAACUCAUUCCUUGUUCAUUAAAAAAAUUAAAAAAAUAAAAACAGACAAAAUGUGCAAUUACAGUGAUACACCUUCUGUGGGAGUGAAUGGGGCCAUUCCAUAAGAAUUAGGAUACACACUAUUUCAAAAAUAUGGCUGCAAGUCAUAAACAUAAUACGUGCUAACAUGAUUUUACUGCAAUUAAAUUCUGAGAAAUUCCAGUGUGGUAUUCCAGCAGUGGUUGCCAGAUUACAGGGUUUCGUGCAUUGCUUCGUCAUGCCAACAAAGUUUUAAUAUUGGAUAAACUUUACACAAAUAAGGUUAGUAU